AUUAAAAUAAUAAUCUAGAAAAUCAAAUGUUAAAAAAAUUUUGUUAAAAAAUUAUAUAAAACAGUGAUUUUGUAAAUAGAAAGAAAAUGAAUAAUGUUUUGAAAUCUGAAAAUGAAGUGAAACCAAAUAUUAUAUUAGAAAGUCAAGAUAUUGAAAAGAAUGAAAUUAAAAAAUUGAAAGGAGAUAUUAUAGGAGAUACUCUUUAUAGUGGCAAAUGGAUAAUUAAUAUUUUAGUUUCAAUAUCAAAGAUUUCUGAAGAUGGCUGGAAUGAAAAGAUAGAAAACGAUUUAUGCAUAUUAUGGGAUAUGACUACAGAAAAAGACAUUGUCCAUUUUCUUAUGGAAAAUCACUUUUUUAAAAUUGCAGAAUUUGCUUUGAAGUCUUCUGAAGAACCAAGAUUUACAGAAAUAAUUUUGGGAAUAAUUGGGAAUAUGACUUGUGAAUCAUCAGUACUUGACUUAUUAGGAGAAAAAGAAGAACUUCUUGAUAUAAUUCUUCAUCUUCUUUCAUCUGAAGAUACUGCUAUAUUAAUGCAAAUACUUCGACUUUUACGUUCUGCACUUUGGAAUAUUCAAAUAAAUUUAAAAUCAAAAUGGAGAAUUAAUUUAAGAAAAUCAACUUUUUUGAGAGAGGUAGUUCCUUUUAUUUUAAAAAGUUCUACAAAUGAAGAACUUUUGAUUGCAACUACAAAUUUUUUACGUUCUUCAGCAGAAAUUGAUUUUCCAUCUGGAAGAACAUUAUUGGAUGAAUUAUUUGAGUCUUCUAGUUUUUUGUCAGGAAUGUUAGAAUCUUUCGAAGAAAUUUUUCCUCAGGAUGAAACUUUUUAUUCAGUUUCAACUUUGAAAUAUCUUGAAGAUUGGUUAGAGCUAUUUUCAAUUCUUCGAAAAGGUCAUCAAAUUCAUCAAGAAAUUUUACAAGAAGAUAACUUAAUUAGAAUAGUAGAAAUUCUACGAAGAAUUUUAAUAAGUUUUACUGAUCCAUGGAAUCUUUAUCCUUUAGAUGAAAUCAAAGCUUCUUGUGUUCAUAGAUGUGCAGAAAUGAUUCUUGAUUUUCGAUGGAAAGGAUUUUUAAGAGCAAAUUCUACUAUUGAUAUAGAUACAACGAUUUUAAAUAUUAUAGUUAGCAUUCAUACAGCAAUGAAAGAAGAAGAGGAAGAUUCCAAAGAAACAAUGGCAGAAUUAUUGAAAUAUCUUGAAGGAUAUUGGAUUGAAGUAUCAAAGAUUUCAUCAACAAAUGAAAUUAUAAAAAUUUUAAAAACAAAUGAAAACACUGUUAUUGACCAUAUAAUUAAUUUAUUAAAAUCAAAAAUUCCUGAAGAAAAAAUUAAUGAUGUAAUCAAUAAAUUGCCAUAUGAAUAA